UCCGUGGUAAACCCUUGCAGUCAGUUUGUUCAUUCCGAUGUGGAACACGCAAUCGCAUUGUCUAUAAUCCGAAUUUUCGAUACAAGUCAAGUUUUCCAUGUGAUUUUAACGGUGUUUUCAUUUAUAUAAUAAUUUUUAUACAAACGAAUAGUUUCGCUACCAAUAAAAAUGACAUGUGCAAAGUGCUCUCAAGUGAAGUCUGCCAAAUCGACUGAUUUGUCUGUACUCAAUACAAGUCAUUGCCACGACCAAUCAACAGACUCUUCAAAUGAUCAGUCUGGAAAUAAUAUAAGACUGAACGGAUUCGUAUCUCUAUGUCCUGAUUGCAUUGAAAGUUCUUCAAAAAAUUUGACCAAUUCCUCACGGGAUGAUCAACAAGUUACUAUACCUGUAGAAGUUCCAUUGGAAGCUUUGACUCCAAUUGUUAAUUCCGUUGAAGCAACACAAAAUUCGUUGGCGCAAUCAGAUGAAGAUCGCCCGAAGGGGUCACGUCGAUCCCACCUUGGAAGCAAUAAGAAAGGAUUACCACAAAAUUUGAAAUUUUCCUUCCUAUGCCUGAUAAUAUGUGUAAUUUUGAUAUCGCUUGUUCUAGUUUUAUAUUUGGACACAAUGACACCCAUUGUUGAGCGAAUUGCAUCGAAAUUCGGUUAUCAAAAUGAACAGUAUGCUGUUAUUUUUGAUGCUGGAUCGACGGGGAGUCGUGUGCUCGCGUACAAAUUCCAUAGAAGUAUUCUAGAUAAUAAAUUGAUAUUAGAUGAGGAACUAUUUAAAGAACGCAAACCAGGUUUAUCGUCCUUUGUUGAUAAGCCCGAACAAGGUGCGAAUAGUAUUAAAUUAUUGUUAGACGAGGCUCGUAAAUUUAUUCCAGAAAAUAAAUGGCACGAAACACCGAUCGUUCUCAAAGCUACAGCUGGCCUGCGACUCUUACCCCAAGAAAAAGCCGAAAAUAUUUUGAAUGCUGUCCGGGAACUAUUUUAUAAAUCGGGAUUCCUUAUCGGUAACAAUGCUGUGGAGAUUAUGGACGGAACCGACGAAGGGAUUUUCUCAUGGUUUACUGUAAAUUUCUUGUUGGGCCGCCUGUCGAAAUCAGAUCAAGCUGCAGCUCUUGAUUUGGGUGGGGCUAGUACACAGGUUACAUUUUCUCCGGCAGAUCCUGAGCAGAUUCCAAUUUUCGAAAAGUUUAUACAUCCUGUGAGAAUGGCAAAUAAGGAGGUCAAUGUGUUUACACACAGCUACUUAGGCCUCGGAUUGAUGGCCGUACGCCAUCAAGUUUUCACAAACAAAUUACCAAAGAAUCAAACUAUUAUCGAAAGCGAGUGUGUUAAUCCAAUUGUGAGAAAUAAAUCGUGGACAUAUUCAAAUGCUGAAUAUUCAGUGAGCGGUAAAGAUCACUCAAAGUCAACGUCCGAGAACCCCGUGGUCGAUUUCGAAGCGUGCCUGGACAAAAUCAAAAGCAUUGUGAUACCAUUGGUUAAACCCAAGCCUAUAACACUUAAACAACAUACAGUGGCUGCCUUCAGCUACUACUUUGAGCGUGCCAUCGAGACAGGUUUAAUAGACCCCUUCCAAGGUGGUGAAAUUGCUGUUGAGGACUAUCGAAAGAAAGCUCAGGAAGUGUGCGCGAAUGCGAACACCGAUCAACCGUUCAUGUGUUUAGAUCUAUCGUUUAUUUCUGUGCUGCUUCACGAGGGAUACGGACUAGAGAAUAAGAAAGUAGUUAAACUUUAUAAGAAAAUUGACGGGCACGAAAUAUCCUGGGCUCUCGGCUGUGCGUACAAUGUGUUGACUAGCAAUGAGAAGAAAAUAUCAUAAAUAUUUAAGUUUAAUUUGAUAAGAAUUUUUCCGGUUGAAAAAUAAAGACUAAUCAAAAAUAAACACUUAGAAAAAUCAAAAACAUUAAUAUUUCCAUAUAGACCGUGCGCAAGAACGGUGAUUCCCUUUCCCAAAGCCAAUCGAACCUAAUAGGUCUCCAAAUCUAUUGAAACACGAUUGUGGUGUUUUGUUAAAUAUGUUUGCUGGAAUAAACUAGAUUAAGUAGGUUGGCACACUAUUGAGUAGUUUCAAAAUAUAUCCUUGCGCGAUAGACGACUUUACGGUGUCGGUUGGCUUUGUCUCUCACCUGAUACCUUCGGAAUUAAUUCCUUUGUUUACUCGAUGAUAGUAGAAGUAUUUAACUAGUUUUAUUUUUUAAUUGGAUAACGUCCAACAAUUAAUUCGGCGUUUUUUUUUAUUGCAAGGAAUAUGUUAUAUAUUAUGUAUGUGGAAUGUGCUUCAUAAAACACAGCUCCAAAUCAAUCCUAUUUUGUUUAAGUGGUUGGAAUCUUCGUAAUUUUCUCUGCUAUCCUGGUUGUACGCGUUAGAAGGGGGUAAAUACACUAGACAAAAUGAAGGUAUAGAAUUCCGUGCCUUAGAUGAACAUUUUUAUUUGCUACAAUUUCUAUUGCAACAAGUUAAAUUUCUCAAUAACGAAGUAUGAAAUCGUAAUAAAAACUGGUUUUCAAACUAUGAAUUGUUUCUUCUAGGAUUGUUCUGUUGAUCAAAUGAAAACGGAGAACUCUUCAUUAAGAAAUCUUCUUCAAAUUAAUUCAAUUGCACACCAUAUAUACUUGGGUUCUUUUGUCUAAAUUGUCCCUCGCAAAACAAUUGAACAAACAAUUGUACAAAGAAAUGUGGCUAAAUUCCAAGAUAAUUAUAAGACAGUUCACUUUCUGCAAUAUGUUACUGAAGUUCAUAAUCUUUAUAACAGUUUUCACAGCUUCUUACUUUGGGUCUGGUUAGCUAUCACAAGUUAUUCAUAAAACAAUUGUAAUCGAAACGUUCCAGUUUUUUCAAAUAUGUACAAGAAGCACUCAGUCUUUUACCUAUCUGCCUCUAUUUUAUUGACUCAAAUCACAAAAACUAUGUACAUUGUUAUAAGAAAAAUGAAAAGGAAAGAUGUCAUGAGUCAACAAGAUAAGGAGUUGUAUACACAAUUUUUCCAAUAAAAAAAGAAAAUAAAAUGAUGAUUGUAGGUGUUGAAAAAA